GGUACCCCAUCCGCAUCACUGCUGGACAACAAUGCCGUCUGAUGCGAAGAAAGCACGCGAGGCCGCUAAGAAGGCUGCCGCCAAAGGAGGAAAAGGAAAAAAGAAGGUAGAAACACCAACCGCCAUGUCAUCUCAACAUCCGUCCGUCAACAGUCUCUGCUGUUUAGACGAGGAGCUCGAUCAGGCCGCCGCCACCUUGGCCAAAAUCGAAUUGGAAAACGCUGCUGCUCGUUCAGUCGCCGGAUCAUUGACUUCCGAUCCAAAGGGUCUUGAUCACAGAGUAGAAAGCCUGACGAUUACAUUCCACGGUCGUGAAAUUGUCGUUGACACGAAACUCGAACUCAACCGUGGACGUCGUUACGGACUCAUCGGAUUGAACGGAUCUGGAAAGUCUACCAUCAUUCAGGCAAUCUACAACAAGGAAAUGCCAAUCCCAGAGUCCGUGGAUAUGUACCUCGUAUCCCGUGAAAUGCCUGCUUCAGAGAAAACUGCUCUUCAAGCGGUCGUUGAUGUCGAUUCAGUCAGAAAAGAGUUGGAACAUCUUGCCGAGCAGCUUGCUAGUCAGACUGAUGAGGAAAGUCAGGACAAGCUGAUGGAUGUUUACGAAAGGCUGGAUGAAAUGGAUGCAUCUCUCGCUGAAAAGAAGGCUGCCGAAAUUUUGCACGGACUUGGAUUCACAAAAACUAUGCAAAUGAAAAAAUGUAAAGAUUUUUCUGGAGGAUGGAGAAUGCGCAUUGCUCUCGCUCGUGCACUUUUCCUGAAACCGUCAGUCUUACUUCUCGACGAACCGACCAAUCAUUUGGAUUUGGAAGCUUGUGUGUGGCUUGAGGAGGAACUCGCUCAGUAUAAAAGAACCUUGUUGGUGGUUUCUCACUCUCAAGAUUUCAUGAACGGAGUUUGCACCAACAUCAUUCAUUUGUUCCAAAAGCAAUUGGUUUACUAUGGAGGAAACUACGACCAGUUUGUGAAGACACGUCUUGAAUUGCUCGAAAAUCAACAAAAACGAUACAACUGGGAACAGUCUCAACUUCAACACAUGAAAGAUUACGUCGCGAGGUUCGGUCACGGUUCUGCCAAACUCGCUCGUCAAGCUCAAUCCAAAGAAAAAACUAUGGCUAAGAUGAUUGCCGGAGGCCUCGCUGAAAAGGCUGUCACUGAAACCGUGAAACAGUUUUACUUCUUUGAUGCUGGGGAGAUUCCACCACCAGUUAUCAUGGUUCAGCAUGUUUCAUUCCGAUACAACGAGAAUACUCCAUGGAUCUAUAAGGAUAUUGACUUUGGAAUUGAUUUGGAUACCAGAAUCGCUUUGGUCGGACCUAACGGAGCUGGAAAAUCGACACUGUUGAAGCUUCUCUGUACUGAUGUGAUGCCAACUGACGGAUUGAUCAGAAGACAUUCGCAUUGUAAGAUUGGACGUUAUCACCAGCAUCUCCACGAAGAGCUUCCAUUGGACUUAUCGGCUCUUGAAUUCAUGAUGAAGGAGUUCCCAGAUGUCAAGGAAAAGGAAGAAAUGAGAAAGAUUGUCGGAAGAUAUGGAAUUACUGGAAGAGAACAGGUGUGCCCGAUGAAACAGCUAUCUGACGGUCAACGUUGUCGUGUAUCGUUCGCCUGGUUGGCUUGGCAGCAACCACAUCUUCUACUUCUUGACGAACCUACUAAUCACUUGGAUAUGGAAUCCAUUGAUGCAUUGGCCGAGGCUAUCAACUGCUUCCCAGGAGGAAUGAUUCUUGUUUCUCACGACUUCCGUCUCGUUUCGCAGGUCGCCGAAGAAGUUUGGGUGUGUGAUAACCAAGGAAUUCUGAAGUGGGACGGUGACAUCUUCUCAUUCAAGGAGCAUCUCCGGAAACAAAUCGACAAAGAUGUCAGAAGUCGCGAGAAGGGAGUUGUCAAGGAGCGUUAAAUUAUUUUAUUUUUUCGUUGUUUUUCCUGUUGAUUGUCCUGUUUCUCUCCUUUACUAUUCUACUCGAAGUCUCCAUUUUAUUCUUUAUUUUUUUGAUGAAAAUUUACUUGUUUUCUUAUUCCUAUUUCCCCCCGAAAACAUCGAAAAUCUGCCAAUUCUAUAUUAGAAUCGAACUGAUUUCCGAGAUUUUUCUCUCAUUAUUCACCUUUCCCCCCAUUUUCAAUUUAGGAUAUUUCAAUUUCAUUUUCCUGUGAUUUUGAUUAUAUUUUCUCUUGUUUUCAUUCAUCUUUUACUCUCUUUGACCCAAUUUUUGUCGGUUUUCCUCCAAUUGUUGGUCCGGUUCCUGUUUCUACCCUUUUUUUCCAAUUACCCUCCUUUGUUGUUGUCACAUCACUAAAUGUGUAGUGUUUUGUGUGAAUUUUCAUUAAAAUUUCAAACUAAAAAUUGUUUUUUUUUUUCAUCUAAUUCAUGUAUGUCAACUUUAAAAUGAUUUUUAGUGUUUUAAUGUUCUCGUCA